AUGCUGCUUUCUCCUGUUUUCUCAGUGCUCCUCCUUGUCUGCUUCCUCUCCCUUUCUCCUGCUUCCCCCUGCUCCCCCCUGCUCCCCCCCGCUUCCCCUUGCUCCCCCCUACUCCCCCCUGCUCCCCCCCGCUUCCCCUUGCUCCCCCCUACUCCCCCCUGCUCCCCCCCGCUUCCCCUUGCUCCCCCCUACUCCCCCCGGCUCCCCCCUACUUCCCCCUCCCCCUGUCCCCCUGCUGGCCUUUCUGUUGUGACGUGUUCGUGCCUCCUCCACACGCGUCCCCCCUCCACACGCGUCCCCCCCCUUCCACACGCGUCCCCCCUCCACACGCGUCCCCCUUCCACACGCGUCCCCCCUCCACACGCGUCCCCCUUCCACACGCGUCCCCCCUCCACACGCCUCUCUCCCUCCUCCACACUCCUGCUCUCUCCACGCGCCGCGCCUAGGUACCAGAUUUCAUUCGACAGCGCGCACGCACCUGCUCCUUCCACAGCCAAUGAGAGGCGGCCACGUGGACCGGACAAGGCGACAGCAGAGGGCAUGGCGCAGGCUCUCCGCAUGGUGACCAAGUCGUUUGCAAGUGUGUUUCCCUCCCUCCGUCUCCCUGCAUUUUCCUGCACGGGAGCAGUGACCAAGUCGUUUGCAAUAGCGACGGUGAUAGUGGCAGGGGGAGGAGCGGUGGCCGUGGCAGCGACGUUUCGAGCCUUGGAUGUCCAAACGGUGAGCGAUGUGGUGGUGCUGCUGGUGUGGUGGUGCUGCUGGUGUGGUGGUGCUGCUGGUGUGGUGGUGCUGCUGGUGUGGUGGUGCUGCUGGUGUGGUGGUGCUGCUGGUGUGGUGGUGCUGCUGGUGUGGUGGUGCUGCUGGUGUGGUGGUGCUGCUGGUGUGGUGGUGCUGCUGGUGUGGUGGUGCUGCUGGUGUGGUGGUGCUGCUGGUGUGGUGGUGCUGCUGGUGUGGUGGUGCUGCUGGUGUGGUGGUGCUGCUGGUGUGGUGGUGCUGCUGGUGUGGUGGUGCUGCUGGUGUGGUGGUGCUGCUGGUGUGGUGGUGCUGCUGGUGUGGUGGUGCUGCUGGUGUGGUGGUGCUGCUGGUGUGGUGGUGCUGCUGGUGUGGUGGUGCUGCUGGUGUGGUGGUGCUGCUGGUGUGGUGGUGCUGCUGGUGUGGUGGUGUUGCUGA